AUGACCAAGCGCGUUUACCAGCGCGCGCCGGCGCCGAGCCUGCCAUGCGUCAUUCUGCAUGGCAUCCUCGAUAUGGUGGACAACGGGCGCGAUGUUGCCGCGCUCCUGAGCGCGCUGCCGGGCUUGACGCUGCCGCCCGAGCUCGUCGCGCUCCGCGACCUCGGCGCCGUCGUCAACCUCGCCGACCACUGGCCGGUCGUGCAGGUCGCGAAGAUCCCGAUCCAGCACGCACGCCUUGGCAUCGCUGCGUUGCCUGUGUUUACCGGUAUCAAAUUGGGCUCUGGCGAUGCCGCGCUGGCAUGGCUCGACGUGGCAUUGCCGACCACGAUGCCCGUGACGCUCUCUGUGAGCGGCAAAGACUUUGGAACGUCUUAUCGCCUUUGCGUCCGACCAGCCCAAGACAUCCUCGCGCGCUGCGUGAACGUCCAGUCUGUUUCGAUAGUGAGCGAAAUUUCGCCGGCCGCGACUGCCGCGUACGUCGCAGCGAUCUCCGCCACGCAUUUGCAAUCGCUUGAUAUCAAUGCGUGGGCCCAGCCCAUGGUCGACGCCUGUGCCAUUGUCGCAUGGCUGCAAGGACCAAAUGCGGCGUCCUUGACACUUGGGUGCGACUCGGUGCGGGAUCCGAUGGCACUUGCCAGCGCGAUUCAAAACUGCUCGACGCUCUCGUCCUUGCGCCUCGUUGAAGCAGUGGACGUCCAGGCCGCUUUGGUGGCGUCAGCCGGCAACUUGCACCAUGUCACGGCGCUCUCUCUUCGCCAAUUCGGAGUCGGCGACCAGUUGGCGCGGGAUCUGCUCAUGAAGCUGGAUCACUCAAAGGUGCGCUCAUUCGCGCUCGACCUUGCGCCGGUCGAUGAUGACGACGAGACGCCCGUGGCCGACGUCUUGACAGCGCUCGCCGAGUGUUCGUUGCUGGAAGCGCUGUGUCUUGACAAGCUGCGUCUGUCGACGGUCCCGACCAGCGGCAACUGCGCGCAGUUGUCGACUGUCGCCGUGCGGGCUGCGACGUUCGAGACGCCCGACGACGUCAUCACGUUGAUCCAGUGGCUCUCGACUUCGCAAAGGUUGACGUCUCUCGACUUGAGCGAAACAUCGCUGGGGCAAGCUGGCGUCGCGGCGCUGACAGAGGCGCUGCCGGCGUGGAUCGCGAGAGGUCUAGCGUCCUUGACGCUUCGGGCGACAGGCCUCAGCGAUAAGGACGCUGCCAAACUCGCUGCCGCCAUCGUAUCGAGCCACAAGCGACAACAUCUAGCGAUCGACUUGACAGACAACGAGCUCACGCCGUACAGUGUGCAGCUGCUUACGACGACGCUCGGGACUACCCCCAACGUCACGCUGAGCUUGUGA